AUAAAACAAAAAUUGAUUAAAUGGCUGUGGUUUGCUAUUAGUUAGAAUGUACGUUUUUUUAGUUGCACAAUUCUAUCCUCCUAAAAUCUGUUAAUUUCAAAGUAAUGAUUUUUUUGUUCGACAUUCCAGAGGAGCUGAAAUAAUGUGAUUGUCGCUUUUUACACUGCCAACAACAGCGCCUCCCCAAGCGUCACUACAGUCCGGCUUCGCUGUAUGCGCACCUGGGGAGCCGCGUAACGACGCGCAGCAUCUGCUGACUUCCGGACAUUGCGCGCGGUCCGAGCAUUCUUGAAGGUGCGUUUUCUCAGCAUCAUCACCGUGACAUCAAGAGACAGGCAGCCUCCCGGAAGAUAAAAACAUCACGCUGCACGAGACGGGGGACGUUAUGAUCGGCACGUAUUGUGGGAGCGCAAUAUUCUGUAAACUUCCUGCACAAACAGCCUGGGAUGUGACAGACAGGGGUGCCAUUGCUCUCCGAUGACAAGUGGACUGUUUUUACACCAUCCUUCUAAAUAAGGAAGCAGGGCUGUCAGACAUAUGACCACCGUCCCGAUUUGGGCGCUGCCAGAGUGCCCAUCGCAUCCCAUGAUCGCGCACAAGCCGUCCAAUAAGGCUCAGCAUGCGACCCCCAUUUCACACGUGGAGUGAGAGCAGCGUCCCAUCAUCAUCAGAUCAGUCCGGCCAGUUCUUCUCGCCGCUUGCAACUUUCUCUCUUUCUCUCUCGCUCUCUCUCUCUCUCUUCUUCCUCCCCCCUCCCCUAAUAUGAUGUCAUGUAAGGAUGAGGGUGGCUUCUGAGGUGAGAUUUCGGUGAGUGGCACUCUCUACACGACCCGAGGCUUCGGAGCUGCAAAACAUGGUCAUCACCACCUUCUCCACCUCAAGUUGUGUGUCUGCGCUCUCUGCCCGAUCUUCUGCCGCUCUCAUCUCGGGCCACCGUCGCAUGCCCGAAGUCCUGACCUGCCUCGCUAAAUUAAGCCUGCACCGCCAUGCCGAGGGAAGAAAAACUAGAAGAGGGGUAUUUUUAGUGCCAUUAAUUUUGACCACGUGCCCCGAAGGUAAACCCGAUGGCCAUUGCGCAAAGGUUCCUCAUCAGUAUGUCCUGCGAGGCCAACGCGCAACACUGGCCAAGGACUGUCGUUCUGCUCUUGGGAUUGCUCCUAGUUGGGAUUGUGUCCUCCAGUCCGCUUCCGAGUAGGACUAAUAGGACAACUUUAUUGGAGAAGCGAUGGGAGAGCCUGUUCUCCCGCUCAGUGCUGGGGAUCUCUGGAGAGAGACCGGAGCCGAACUGGGAGAAUGACUAUUUGCUGGGCAUCAAAAGAGUGCGGAGGCUGUACUGCAAUGUAGGCAUCGGGUUUCAUCUUCAGGUCCUCCCAGACGGCAAGAUAAACGGUGUACAUAAUGAGAACCAGUACAGUCUCAUAGAGAUCUCCACUGUGGCCAGAGGAGUGGUUAGCCUGUACGGUGUGAAAAGCGAGCUGUUUGUCGCAAUGAACAGCAGAGGACGGUUGUACGGAACGGCAACCUUCAAAGAUGAAUGCAAGUUCAAGGAGACCCUGCUGCCAAAUAACUACAAUGCCUACGAGUCCUCCGUUUACAAGGGAUUCUACGUCGCUCUCAGCAAACACGGCCGACUGAAGCGAGGCAACAAGGCCACCACCGCCAUGACGGUCACCCACUUCCUCCCUCGAAUAUGAGCAGACUUUUGCAAUAAUUCUUCAUUUGCACUGGUCUCCCUGAGAGAUCUGAAAACUGACACACGAACCUACAAGGAACUGCAAGAAUAUCACCAAAAUAGUACUUAUUCUUUUUUUAAUAUAUGUAUAUUUGGAUAGGCCAGCUUUUUAUUAGAAUCUAUGAAUAUGCUAUCCAUCGCUGCUUCUUUCUUUUAUAUAUAUAUAUAUAUAUAUAUAUAUAUAUAUAUACAAACGUAUAUAUUAUUGAUUAUGGAUGUGGAGGCUCUCCCAGCCUUCCUUUCCCUAGUCAGGUGCUUGCCAAGAAUCGAACAGACUCUGGGAUGGAUGAUGGAAGUCCUCCUCUGCUUUUUACAGUUUUUUAUUACCUCAAAGAGCUACCUAGAUGGUUUAAAAGGAUGCAUGAAGUUACGCAGAGACGAACGCUUGUUUAUUUUUAGUUCUGUCUGAGCCGACACAAGCAUAACGAGCCCUUAUUUUUGUAUCUUUGACAGUUAUUUUGUUGUUUUUCUCAUGCUGUAAGGUUGUGUGAGCACUUAAAAGAAAGCAGAUCUCUCUUGCUGCAUGUUGCGCUGAGGUGCCUUGGCAUUCCCACACACCGCCCCUUUAACAUGCAUGCUCUGAACGCCCCGGGGCGUCAGAAAUAGGGCUGAUAUGUUAGCCAGGGCCCCACGGGGACUCUCCCACAAGGGCCCCGGAGAGGGGCGAGGGGGAGGGGUGUGCAUCUCUGCUUUACUUUACCUUUCUCUAAUCAGAGAACGUCGUAUGAGACGCGAGGACGUUGAUCAAGAGGCUGCGUUCAGCAUCGUCUGCUGUUGACUAAACAUGAUCUUUUCUAGCUUUGAGGCUGUGCGUUUUAUUUGGACUAGACUUUCUUAUGUUUUUGCAGUUGAAACGUAACUUUUUUAUAAAGAAAACGGAGAAAAAAAAAAAAAAAAAAAAGUGAAAUUUACAGGGGAACUGAUGCAAGCGCACACUAAAAAUGGCUGGUUCAAUUAUACUAUUGCUUAUCACAGGUUUGCCUGAACAAAAGGAGCACUUGAAAAUAAGCUUUAAGCAUUGCUGUGAAUGAGAACGUCUUCGAAACCAAUGAAAAUACUGUAAAUACUGACUGUGCACUGAAAAAGCCAGUAGCCCAGAGCUUUUGUCGCUUGUUGCUAAAGGCACACUGCCAUCAAUGAUGGUAUCUGAUUCAAGGGAAUACGUGCAGUUUUUUUAUUUAUUUAUUUUUGCUUCUGGUGCGAGUGUAUGUGUGUGUGCACCUGUCCAUGUGGAUGCCUGUUUGCGCGUAUGUGUGAAUCCUGGUAGAGGAGGGCAGUGCCUGGGCUCUUUCCUGUUGCUGCAGAGGCACUGCAGUGGCACUCGCCGCUGCUGCUCUAUGCAAAUGUAAUUACAGGGCAGACGCUGUGUGGCAUCCAAACUGAGGGACGCUCACUGUUUUUUAUGAUUUUGGUUUGUCUGUCUUUGUUUGCAUCAGUUUCUGUCACCAAAUGUUGCCCCACCCUGGGGAGGCUUUUUCUUUAAGGCAAGACGCUAAAGGCAACAACAUUGCUUUUUUACUGGCCAAUUUUGAGAUUUUGAGCUGUUUGGCUUUCCAUACUGUUUUGUUUCAGUCUAGUGAAAAGAAGGCAUUCAAAAUAGAUGUUUAAGUGUUUAUUUUAUUACACUUUAUCCAGGGCUUGACAUUAACACCCGCCAACCCACCAAAUGCGGGUGGAUUUCAGCAGUGGCGUGUGACGCAGUCACUCCUACUAGCCAAUUUGGCGGGUUGAAUUUUAUAAAUAUACAUUUUUCGAUUGUAGUCUGUUAAAAAGGCAUCUGAAAUAAUAAACUAAGUGCAAAAAUAUCGAUUUUUCAGAUAGUGAAAUAUCUGAAAUGCUUCUAAUACUUAUUUUCUGCAGAACAGAUACAGCGAGUUGACACACAAUCCCACCUCCCCUCACUAACUCGUUUCAUUUUCUCCGGAUGAAUAUUGUUGGUGUUACAGGGCUUGAAUUUCGGCGUGGGAUUGUGCAUAACUUUACUCAUUCUUACAGAUUUUGUGCUCACACCCAAAGUGCUAAAUCAGUACUAAAUCGAGUUCUUUUUUGCUGCUUAAACAGUCAAAUACACAUAAAAUAAUGUCAAAAUGUUGGUCUUGGCAAGUAUUCACAUAAACACAGUCAGUUAUGUAAGUGAACGUAAACAGUUGAGAAAGAAAACUCAUGUGUAACAGUAUAAUGGAUCCAUGCGUCAGGUCUUAAAGUGACAGCUACCUGCUGCCAAAUUAUGAGAUAAUAUUAAAAAUAUCUAUAUGGCAGUUUUUCCCCAUGGUAUUGAUGUCAAAAUUGUGGCCAGUGAAAAUGCUGAGUGGCUAGUAACUUUGGAAAACCACUAGCCACAGUGGCUGCAGAGCAAGAAAGUUAAUGUCAAGCUCUAACUUUUUCUAUUUGGGCCUGUAGAUUCAAUUACAGUAUGUUAUAGUCUUACUAUUGCUAGUGGAUGGACAUCUUUAAAGGCUGUGUUUUUUCUCCACUUCAGUGGCACUUUAAAGCCCAAAGUAUACUGUCCGAAUGCAGGCGGUCAACAUAUACGCUCUAGAAAGAUUCAUCUUCGUCCUGUGUCUGCACUAUUUUUCUUAUUUUCCUUAUAGGCUCCAGUAUUUUGUUGUUGUUGUUCCGUCUCUUUAGUUUCAUUUUCUACUGUGAACACAAGGGCUCGGGCCAGUGUUGCCAUCUUGUGGAACAACUGAUUAAUGCAAAACUAAUUUAAUGCACAUGUGCAUGUACAAAGUAUGUGCGGUUACAAAAAAUCAGGAGGCGCGCGUACUACUCUGGUGACGAAAAUUUGUGUCACGUGCGGACCCUCACGUACACGUAAAAACUGAAGUAUACUUUGGGCUUAAAUUUACUGUUUUAUUAACUAUAUUCUGAAGGUUUUUACAAAGGGGUUAAUUAUAUAUAAUUUGCCUGAAACAAACUAUAUAUAUAUAUAUAUAUAUAUAUAUAUAUAUAUAAAUAAUAUAUAACAUUUUAUUCCUAAAACCAUGGUUGAAAUGUUAUUUUUUCUGGCAGUUUUUUUGAUUUAUGGAGUGAUAAAAAGAGAUAUCCAAAAUCCCCUUUUAACAACCUUUGACUCUAAAAUAUCUACAACAUCAAAACAAGAAUUUUGAACCUGGCUUAAUCAAGAGUUUGGAUUUCUGUUCUGGAAAUUUAUGCAAAUUAAUGUGUCAUUUGCAUAUUUAAACACAACUUUCAGAAAACUUGCAAUACAAAAAAUGUUUGCAGUUCUUACUGUCACGAACUUAGGAAGUAUGGUGAAAUCUAUUAGUUAUUUUUUCCCUUUUCACCUUGGGUGUCUUGCCUUAAAGGGAAAUCAAAAGGAAUGGCACUAUUUUAGAAAGACUUAUGGGACACCAUGGCCUGGUUGUUUGUUCAAUCUGUUUGAAGUAUGUGGGUCCUCAUAUGGGUGGGGGUGGAAUACCUGAGCAGAGGCCCCGCUGUUGACGUCCCUCUCGCACAUAGACAGUCUUGUAAAAGCCAUGGUGCCCAGAAGCCUUGAGAUUCCAGUAGCACAAGGGUUCUUUCCGGUUUUCUAUCCAACUUUAGUCCAAGGUCGUAGCCAUGCACAGGAGCUGAACUGGUUGAAAAUGUCCGUCCAAGGUCUCAUUUCCUUUUCUCAUUAUUCCAAACUCACUUUAAUACAGGUCCGUUAUAGUCUGAUAGCAUUUAUUUGGAUCUUGAGUUCUUUCCUGCUGCCUAAAACAUCCAUCUACCUUCAGUUAGUUAACAUGAAAUCAAAAUCAUCCCUAUUUACUUUUUCCAUGCCCUUUCCUGGUCUGUGCACGAUUUAUUGGUCUACAUUAUUCCAAAUGUCUCUGUAUUGUCAAAUGGUAUGUAACAGCCGCUUUUCAUGAUUUAAAUAAUCUCUGAUGGAUUUUUUCCAGUUUUCACUCAGAAAUUCAUCACAUUACAGAAGUAAAAUAGGUUGUAGUUUCAUGUUAACUUUAAGCAUCUGAAGACAGGCUUUGUGAUUUUAUUCAAAUCUCUUCAAAUCACCACGAAUCAGCCAAAUCCGAUCCAAUCUUGUGGAACAAGUAACUAUUUUGAGAUAUGCCAAUUAUGUAUGAAUUUUUAGACGAAAAAAAGCAUGAAGCUUCAUCACUAAACCUAACUGUCAGUUAGUCGUACGAAAGUGUACAAAUGGGAUCCUACAAAUUCACCAAAACAUAAAAUAGUUAUGAACUGCAGUCAGAUUGUGUUGGCAGAAUCCAGUAGUAAUAUAACCUUACUGGGUUAUUAAAGUGCUCUAUUAUGCUAUUUUAAAGGUUCCUAAUUUUGUUUUGGAGUCUCCUACUAUAGGUUUACAUCCGUCCAAGGUCAUAAAACACUUUAAUUUUAUCAUAAUAUACAUUGCACAUCACCUAAUUUCUCACAGUGUCUGAAACGGUUCGUUCAGAGAUUCAGUCUCUCGCCUUUCUGAGAGCUUACUCUGCUCUGAUUGGUCAGAUGGCCCAGUCUAUUGUGAUUGUUCCACUGCUUACAGCAUGUGUCGGAAACGAAACGGCCAUUACCAUAUCUGAAUUUCAGUUCCGGAGGCUUCCUCAGUGCUUGAUGCACAGUGAAAUAAACAGUAACUAUGUUUUUUUUUUUACUGUAUAAAUUAGAGCUUGAGUCCUCAUCCUUUGGAAGUUUGAGGGCGGGUCAAAGUAGACAUUGUUCACGGGCAGCCAAUGAGUUCCAUAGGCUGGAAUUAUGCAAAUUUGUUACAUUGUUACAUAGGUAUGUAACAGGAAGUGAGACUGGAAUUACUGACGACUCGUUUCAGUAGUUCAGAAUUGAUUCUUUCUUUUGGGAGACCAUAACUUUGAUCUUUGAAACAUUGCAGACCUUUUACAUUCACUUACAGCUAUAUUACACACUGCAUGAAAGGUAAUAUUCAAAAAAGCAUAAUAGGGCACUUUAACACUCGUUUGCUACUAUAUUUCAUCGAACUGGCUCCUUCCUCUAGCGCAGUGAAUAUAUCAGGACAGACCUCUGCAGGACUGACGCAAUACUUUAAGGAGACUAAAAAAGGCUAAUAAUUUCUCGCCUCUGCCAAGCUGCUUGUUUUGUGGUCUCAUCUGUUAAAAGAUGUUAAAGGCAAAUUCUUGUGGUUUUUCUGCUGUGCCAUUGAGGACUGUAUUUAGCUGAUGUGCCUCGGAAUUCAUAUCACUGUGAGUCCCAGUGAGACUUGUACACGUACAAAAACAAUAAAACACAUUUAUAAGACAUAAAUGUCACUAUUUAAUAGCUUUUCAUACACAUUUAAUGAUGUCAGUGGAUCAGCUAACAUUUUGGCUUCAUUAGAACCUUGUUUUAAAUUAAUUCAUCUAAUAAAGAUCCAGGAUUCAUCGGUUUAAUAGCAAACUAUACUGCAUGGUUUAGGUCAACCUAUAAAUCUAUUUUAAUACAGUAUGUCUUCUGAAUGUGUCAUAAAAUCUAAUGAGCACUAAUGAAGCAUUAAGAAGUGAAAUCAGGGAGUCUAAUGAGCUGUUUCUUUAAUUUGUGUCAAACACUCUUAGAAUAAAAGGUUCAUAUAUAGAACCUUUUAGGGGUUCCAUCAUGGAUCAUUUUAUGAAUGUUUUAAUUCAUUUUUAAUUUUAGGUAAUUCUUCGAAUUAAACAGCUUGUAAACAUACUUUAUCACUAGAAAUAACACGUUAAAUAUGAAAGUAUUAUACAAUCAUUUAAGACAUUUCUCCUUAUAUAGAACGUUUUUGGCUUUAAAAUUGAGUCAAGAACCCUAGGGUUCUAUAUAGAACCCCAUGGAACCUUUUUUUCUAAGACUGUGAAGAAUGAGUGAUGUGCGUGAACAUUUGGGAAUCGGAGCCUUCUCAUCUGCUGAUGUAUGUCGCUUGGAUUUAUAGCAACAGCUGUAAAAAUGUUUAUUGGGCAUAGAAUAUAGACACCAGUUUCCUGGUAGACUCUGGACUCUUAACGCUCAUGAGAAAAACGUAUGUGCAUGAAUGACUGCAAGCUGUCACCGUCUGAAUCCUCCUCACAUAUGGAGGGAGGCUUUCGGGAAUCUUUGGAGUACUGGGCAUUAGAAUGGGAUGCCAGUUCUUGUCUUUGCAGUGUCUUUGUUUUGAAAUGGCUUUGUGUGCCUGAUCCUGUUACAGUGAGAGGAAAGACCCCAGUGUCUGAGGGGGGUCAUUAAUCAUUUAGUGUGAUCUCUGUUUUUGUUUUUUUUUUGCCACUAGCACAUUACAUAUAUAUAUAUAUAUAUAUAUAUAUAUAUAUAUAAACAGUUAAAAUCUGCUAAGGGGUAAUUAAAUGUAACAAAUCAUGUAAAAUGUAUAUUAUAUUGGAAAAUGAAACAACGUUUUAUCUAACUUUGAUAAUUGCCUUAAUCUUUUAAACUAUAGAAGAUAGUGAUCAAACUACAUUUGAUAAAAAUCACCUGUCAAGUCCCCCAAUAUUACAUCACCAUAUGAGAGUGAAAUCGGACGACUACAGGGACUCAUCUCAAGAUCACUCAUUUAACAGUUCAUCUAUUGCCAAAAUUAUAUAUAUAAAAAAAAGAUCAGUCAAGAAUAGAAAAUUGUUGAAAAUAUUCAAAUCAGGAAUGUCAGAAUCAGAAUGUGUAGUUAAAAAAUGUCCGUAUUUCAGUAUUUCACUCUGUUCCCUGAUCAUUCCGAUUCAUUUUCAGCGAGUGAAGAACAAAUUUUAAUUUAUACUCACGUGCGUUAUGUAUUAUGUAUGUUAUCAUCUCUGACAGACAGCAUGUUGAAGCUGCUCAGGCCACUAUUUUCUCCCUCUUCUCGGAAAGCGAUGACGUACUGUAGUCAUAACAUCCGGUAGUUUCUAGGAACUCUUAGGACCUCUGAUUCUCGUAAAUACUACCAUGGAUUGUGCACGUUAUUUUUUGACAGACAUCAUUGUGAUAUUCAAAUGAUGUGGAUUUGAAAACAGAUGGAUUGUAAGAUAAUAAUUAUUUAUUUCUUAGUCAGCAAGUAUUCAGUGAAGCGAUUGAUGUCCAUGAGUGUGUUAUGUCAGUGUUUUUAGUUCUAAUAUUACAACCGACAGCCAGGCUAAGCUUUUGACGGACAUGAUAACAUGCGUGAGGAGUGAACUACACUCAAAAAAAUGAUACGUUGUUAAGUCAAAAAGUAAUCAUUUCAAGUCAAUUUAACAUGAAGCAAUUAAAUUUGAACCAGAAACCUAAUACAAUGGUGUUGAAUCAAAAUAAGUUGUUUAAAUAAAGUGAACAGCAUCAAAAAAUCAUUUUUUUGAGUGUAUGUUUGAUUUUUUGGCUAAUUAUAAAACAUGCUGGAGAUGUUCUAAAUGUUUUUUUUUUUUGCGUAGUUCAUUAUACCUAUUUUGCAGAAUUAAGUUUAUUUCGUGGCUUAAAUAAAUUACAUGUUACUCAGAGACUGACAUGUUUGGCUUGUCAAAAAUGUUACAUUCAGCUGACUCAAAUUUGUGGACUUUCAAAAAUCAAGUUCAUUUUUCCUGGAAAGGAGUGGUUUUGAUGCACAAAAUUGUCUCUUAUAACAAAAAUCUUUUAUUUAAACCAAAGAAAAUGCAGACCCUGUUGUGAAUAAAAGUGAAAAAUCACUUUUUAAAACUGAUGUUCCAUUAUUACCCUUUAGCAGGUUUUGAUUAUAUAUAUAUAUAUAUAUAUAUAUAUAUAUAUACUGUAUAAGAACCUUUUAGAUAAUUAUCAGUCAUUCUGCACAAUCCAGGAUUUUGUGUGGCUGUAUUGUGUUUCUGUCUGCUUCUCUCUAUAAACACAUGUCUCACUCUUGCCUUAGUUAUGAUUUCUUGCAAUGAUUUUUGACAGUAGGAAACUGAGGUCAUAAUCAUGUGUUUCUAAAAACAAGUGCUGAUGCUAUGUAUAAAUACAGAUUUAUUGAAAAAUAUUUUUUUUUUCUUUUACUUUUCUACGUAUGUGCUGUGCACAGCAGUUAAAUCAUGUUCCUGAUGUUAAUAAAACUAUAUUCUUUUUUUUUUUUGCCUUUUAUUUCAGAUGUUGUGUGUAUUUGUUUCACAUUUUAUUUAUGCUCACAGUAGCAAGUACAGUGAGCAGUCAGAUCUGAUUCUUUUCCAGAAAUAAUCGCCACCCCAGUCAUGCUGUCAGGACGUCACACUCAUACAGGAUCAUUUAUAAACAUGAAACAGUUCAAUAAACUACUCUCAAGUAUUCAUAAACUUUUUCCCUGUCAUGGUUAUUUGAAUUUGUUGUCUUGAUUCAUAUGUAUAAA